AUGGGGAGUCGACCUGGCGGACCCCACGACACCACCAGCCAUGACAGACACUCGCCCAGCAUCACCCAGCGGCCGCAUCUGCCCCCUUCCAUGUCCGCGCCAGCCGGGCGUCUGCCGCGUCUCCUCCCCGCCGACCUCUCGUCCUAUACCGACGCGUACCUGCCCACUGCGGCAAUCCCAACGUCGGCCACUUCGCUCGCCGAGCUAGCUCACCUGAUCCGCCUGCAGGGCUAUCAGGAGCAGCGAAAGGCCCAGUCACGGAUCCGCCUGCACCGGUGGCUGGUGUCGAGUGCCCUCUCCGCACGUCUGGUACAUUGCGGAGAGCUGGCCUACCGAACCUUGGUUGACAGCUUCAGAUCUGACGACAAGAAAGGUUUUGCUACACUGUAUAAUGCUGUCAACGAUGUCCGAAGCUCGUGUGACGCGGUGCGGCAACAUGCACUGUUGGAAGCCGAUUUGGAGUUCGGCAAGUCAAAAAGUAUGAAGAGCGACAAGGCUCCGUCUUUUCCAACGUUUCUCAAUCAGGUUCCGUCCAAGAUCUUGGACGACCUCCUAGAUUUCGUUUCUGAAAUCCGCACCAAUCCCGAUUUCCUAGCUACUCGCAUUCUCAGUCUUUCUCAACAAGAGCUCGCUUCCUUAACGUCGUUCCGCCAGGCUUUGGAUCCCAUUGACUCGGUCAUGGCCAUGCAAGCCCGCGGCAAGUCCCUCGGCACCCAGAAGCCUACCGUUCAGGGCCCCAGUCCAGUGGAGCGCUUGCUUUCCUUCCAGCGACACGACCCUUUUGCUGCUCUCAUCUACACCAUAUUUGCUAACUCAUCUGGACCGGAUUCUGCCGAAGAUCUUCGUCGGACGGAUGCGUGGGCCACCACAUGUGCCAGGCUUAUCAUGGAAUCCAAGCAGGGAACUGAGAAGUUCAUCAAAGCUGUCCUUGACGUCUACGCCGGCAUGCGUGAAUGGCCCGGAAAAGCUAACCUGGAACUUUACCUCAUGCAGGUGCUGCAGGAUGGCCAAUUCCUCUUAGAGAAGGCCGAGGAGCAGUCCACCAGGACCGGAUCUCAGCCGAUCGCUCCGACCACGAAAGACACAAUCGCCGCUGACGAAUUCUUUGACAGUGCUGUGAAACGCCUGUUUGAGGUUGUUGACGAUGAUCCGAGUGCUGGAGGCAUUCCCGAGGGUGUCCUGGAGAUUGGUAAUGCCAUCCUCCGGAAGCUGGAUGAGACGAAGAACCUACGCAAGGGAGCUCAAAACUUUUUUGUCUCACGUUGGCUCUUUUCCACGUUCUUACUUAACGCGAUCAUCCACCCAGAGGCAUGUACGCACAGCAUCAUGAUUGGACACCACAUCACCGAACACGCUCGUCAGAAAAUUCUCAAGGAGAUUGCCAUCCGAGCCCAAAAGCAUGUUUUGGACAUGACCUACAAUUGGCGUCAGCAAGUUCCCAUCUUGCCUGAGAUUCGCGGGCACAUCGAAAGCAUUUUGGCCAGGUUCAAACACACCAGAUCACCGUCAAAGCCGGUGCUUCUCCCAGCAAAAGCAAUCACAUCACCUAGAGAGACAGUUGAGGUACAACCUUUCAUAGUCAUGUCUCCGGCCGAUAUUGUUACCCUUGUGAAUACGUUGUUCCCGGAACGCCGCCCUGCAUCUAGCCAUUACGACAAAACCCAACAGCGAACCGGGCUCGCCUCCUCCGCCUCUUCCAUAUCCGCGAUUUCCAUGCCUUUCCGCAGCACGUCUACCCCCGGCGGUGAUGCUAGUUCCAUUCUGAGUGCAAGUGCCUCUUCCAUGACGAGCGAUCAUACCUCCAGAGAGCCAUUAUUGGACCUCUCAAAUCAACCUGGCAUGCCGCACGAGGAGCUAAACGAGGCGAAGAUCGCACCCACCGAGCUUUACGGUCGGCGGUUGAGGAUGGCGUGCUCAGAAAUGACACGCAUACUUGGCCCGGAUGCUACCUCUGGCUCUUGCCACCCGUGUGCUGAGAAAUGGGCCGUGUUGUACAUCUCUCCGGAUGGCAAGCAGCUCAAGUCGCGCAUGCGCAAAGACUUCGACGAUGAAGAAGAGCACGACGAAGACUCGCCUGAAAGCGACAGUAGCGACGACGAGGGCCCACCAGAUAGAAUUGAUCUGGAGAAUGACUAUCAUCAACUCAAAGAGGCUAUCACCAAAUUGGUUGAGGAAUACGAGAUUCCGAAAGAGCUCACGCCCGACAGCGAGUCCAAGACGUUUAGUAACCGUACCUCGACGCAUCGGAGGGGCGCUCGGGGAAGGGGCCCGGUCCGACACCACAGUGAGACGCUUGGAUCAAGAAAUCCAUACAACCAGACGCAAGCGCAGAGCCAGAGCCAACUUACGAACCUCAUCGCAAGCCAAAGAAACCUGCCGGCUCGCCAUGGAUCUCCGCAAAAUCGCCGAAGCAACAGCAACCCGCAACUUCCCGAGAAGACGGAGAACAACGCGGUACUGGUCACGAUGCUGGAGACAGCCAUGCAUCAGUGCCAAGCACGAGGGGCCUUCCUCGACUCCCAACUCUACUACAAGACUCUUCUGGCUCUGCGGAGACUGAACUCUCCCACCCUGACGAAAAACGGCUACGCAGCCUUGUUGAACUAUUUCUCUCGCGGACCGCGUGACUCUCUCGGCAAAUCCGCGAACGCCAUCGAAGAGUUCGAGGCUUGGUUCGUCUGGCUCAAACAGUCUCAAGAACGACAUGACGUUGCGAUCGAGGACAUGAUACUUGGCUUGAAGAAUUUACGCGAUAAGAUGUGGUACAUCACUGAUGUUCGAAAUUCGGGAACCUAUGAGGAAGCUCGAAAUGUUGCGCUGGCGCUCAAGAUCAUGGGACAGCCCACGAAAACUCUCGAUGGCAAGCCGAUCCAAUCACAUCGUCCGCGAAACUACUCCAAGUCUACCAACAACAAUUUCAUACUCAGGGCUGAAGCUCAAGUUGUUGACAUGAUGUCUGCUCCUACCGAGUUCGGUGGCCCCAAUAAGCUGUCUGACGAACAGUCUGAGAUCACCCAGAAGUGGAUCGCCCAAUAUGGUGUCGAGAUCUUCUGCAAAGGCGAGGAGAGGAUUCACCGCUUCUGCUUGGAGAUUGACAAGUGUGUGAACAAACUUGUCGGUGACAGUAUGAUGGAUGGCCCAGUCCUCUGGGCGAGCGAGCUCUACAGACGUGACAAGGAGGUCCUCGACAGUGGCCGCCAAAAGGGCGAUCUGUUCCUUACAGGUGUUGGCACUCUUUCCAUCGCAGGAGAUGAAGAGUACGAGACUCACGGUCGACCUACUCGCAACCUUGAUUUUGCACAACGCCCAAGUCAAGGCAGCCUUCGCUCCCUUUCCGGUCGCCCCUCACAGCAAAGCUUUGAUGUCAGCCCUUGGGGGAGGUCACCGAACGACAAUCAUGACUACUUUGGCGGCAGUAGUCCUGUACUAGCCAUCGAUACGUCCACUACUUUCUGGUCUCCUUUCCAGACGCAUGCUCAGUCGCCCACCAGCGCUACCAGCAUCAGACCUCGUACCGCAUCAUCGUCUAAGGGGACAGUGAUGCUCAAGCAAUCGAUAGCUGUCAACGAAGACAAGCGAAGGUUUUUACUCGACUUGAAACAGAUCUUGACCGGUUUGUUGUUGAGCGACCUGGGUACUGUGGUGUUCUCCAGUGGAAGCGAGACGGACGCUUGGUUCUCAAGCGAUCUUCUUGAAGAUUGCAUCCAACACAAGUACACUGAAGAAGAGGAGCGGAAGCGCCGGAAGCAACUGGCACGCAAGAAAAGCAUCAAGGGCCUUCGCAAACAGGCCAACAGCAACAACCCGCUAGAGGCUCUUGGGCGUAAUGAGCGAGGCGUAGCUGCACCUCCCAUUGCCACUCUGCAGCACGCCGCUGGCUCUGAUGCUCAUCAUUCCGCCGGAGAACACUCUUCAUCGAGUGAUGCGACCUCGCGGUCCUCGGGAACGUCAGCUGCCAAGAAGGCAGGUUUGCUGGAAUUCCCAUAUAACGUGGCCUUUCGACGUCUUCUCAAGAGGUUCGCAACGCAUCCAAACCCAUUCUCGAAGCUCCAUGCACUGUACGAACUGGAACUCCUCAUCGUAGCUUCACUUUCUUCCCGCACAGGCCGUGCUUACAACAACCGUCGCGAGGCAACUCUCCCUGCUGUCCCGCAAUCACCCACUCUUGGCGCUAUGCCUGAGCUCAGUUCUCGAGAACCCACAACAAACACAGAGCGCGCAACGAACGUGAAAGGCACAAUUGCCAAUUGCGAGGAGCGCCGCUCUCACUCUAUGAACCAAGAACGUGCCUGCAAUGCGUCACCUCUGCCUCGCAAUGGCGCUCGUUCUCCCGUCGGUCCCCCGAGCACUGACAUGAUUGUCGACGUCAUCCAGGGGCUCUUCCGUGAUGCAAACAUUCGCCCGAAGACACUAUUCCGCGAUCUGCAAUACAUUGCUUCAUUCGUACCAGCACAGAUGCUGGACAAGACCCCUCGAGGAAAGGCCUUCUGGGAUGUUGCUCUGGCAGCGCUCGGCCUGAAACAGGACGUCUGUCGCAUCAUGGUUGAAGUCGCAGAUGACAUUGUGAGUCGCGAAAGCGCGAAGCGAAGCAACGUUAUCCACCAGAACACUGAUCCCGCGCCAUCAGACGGGCCCACUAACCCGCUGGUGUCGCGAUACACCAUGGACGACGUGGCUCGCAUGCUUCUGAUCACAGCCAAAGAGGGCGAUCCCACUGCAGAGCGCGAGCUCGCUACCAUGUAUCUCACCUCUCCCGAGCUGCUCGAGCGUACCGUGCUCCCGCUCAAGAAGACGGGCGAGAUCUUCAACAAGCAGCUCCUCAGCCAGCACAGAGACACUACCCGUAGCGAUCCACUCAUCAUGUGCAUUGCCACGCACUGGAUGAAGGAAAGCCGCGACGGAGGCGAUGAGCUUGCGGCGCAGUACCUGCGGCAGCGCACCGACCUCGAGAACAUCCAGCAGCGGUAA